AUGUCGAUAAAUUAUGCAUUUGGAUUUUCAUUAUUUUUACUCGUUCUUGUGGCACUUAAUAUAUUUUUUUUCUACGCGCUUAACAGUGGUGGUCUAAAAUCUCACAACUUUAACCUGCCAAUCAUAAGUGUUGAUUUAACUACAACAAUAUUUAAAGAAAUUUAUGAUCAUCUCAAUUAUUUACCAAACCAAUACAAAACUGUAAAUUCUAAAUUUGCACCACACCAAAACAUCCUUUUAAAUUCAUUUAAUAUUAGUAAAAUUGUCAACACAGAGACAAUCUGGAAUGAAACUGAAAAUUGGUUUAGUGAAGAUUCAUUAUUUCCCCAUGAAAAUGGAACUGGAGGUAAAAUAUUACAUGCAAUACAAACCAAACAGAUAGCAUUAGUUGAUAAUGCUCCGAAAGGAACACAACUUAAGCUAUUAUUGUUGCUUGAGGGAAAACAAAAAGUUUAUUUUAAACCUAAGAGGUACAAUUUGAAUCAUGUGGUUAAUGGCCAUAUUUGUGCUGGUUUCGAUCGUCACAACUCAGAAGUAUUUGCAUAUUACCUGGCAAUGGUGUUAAACUUUAGGUGGAUUUCACCUUCAGUAAUUCGGAAAAUACAUCUUCACAGAGAUGUAAUACCUUUUGCUACAAAGGGAUUGAAAAACUCAAUGAUAAAAAAUGGUGACUCGUUAUGUAUUUAUGGAACAUGUUUUUACUGUAAAAAAAAUGAAACCGUUUGUCCUGACAAAAAAGGAAAAAUUGAAGGGGCAGCUAUUUUAUAUUUGGAUAAAAAACUUAAAAUUCGUGUGUCCCCCUGGAGACGUUCUUAUAGUAAUAAGAAAAUGAAAUGGGAAGUAGACAAUGCAUUUUGUAAAAAUGUGAAAUCAUCUCUGAGUACCAAACUGCUACUUAAUAUGAUAGAUGUAGCAGUAUUUGAUUUUUUAAUACAAAAUGGAGAUAGACAUCAUUUUGAAGUGUACAGAGAUAAAAUAGUUCUGUUAGAUAAUGGAAAAGGUCUCGGUAAUCCGACAGUCGAUGAACUGAAUAUAUUAGCACCACUUUACCAAUGUUGUAUGAUUUCAGCCUCCACAUGGCAAAAACUAGAAAUGGUUUCCGGUGGUUCUUUAACUAAGAUGAUUAAGCUAUUAGCUGCACUUCAUGGGCAACGGUUAGCAACUGAGGAACAUUUUCAAGCUGUUGAGAGAAGACUACUCAAGGUUUAUGCCACUGUACAAUAUUGUAUUGGUAAAUAUGGCAGAGGCAAAGUCAUAAAAAAUUGGCUGAUAUAAGUGUGAAUCCACUCAUAGUAUACUAACUUCUCAUAAGUUAACAAAAUACAAUUUUUAUGUAUAUAACCAGAAAAAAAUGAUGCAAUACAAUUGAUUUAACAUAAAUAAAAACACGACAUAAAGUGCGAAAUAG